GCCGGGAAAGUUAACAGAAAAAAAUAUUCAAAAUCGAGUCAACCGACUACGAGUGCUUGUUCUUCUUCACCUCUGAUUAGCAGGUCAUGAACUCCGUAAGACUCAUUACGAAGCACCACCCCAUCAUUUCUCUCAUAGAAUCAGACUCCACCUUCAAAGAGCUCAAGCAAAUCCACUCCCAACUGCUACUCAACGGUCUUCAUCACGACCCGCACCUCCUGGGCCAAUUUGUAGCCACCGUAGCUCUCAAAAACCCCAGCAAUCUUGAUUAUUCUCACCGAGUCCUCGACCAAUGCGGGAACCCUACCCUCUUUCCCUUAAACUCUAUGAUCAGAGCCUACUCCAAGAGCCCAACCCCUCAAAAGAGUUUUCACUUCUUCAACAGAAUUCUCCACUCCACUAACAAUAUCUCUCCUGAUAGCUACACCUUCAAUUUCUUGGUUCGUGCGUGUACGCAGCUCUUGGCUCGCGAGACCGGUCCGGCGGUGCAUGGUGCCCUUGUGAAACACGGGUUUGAGCACGACCCACAUAUUCAGAGUGGGUUGAUUUUCAUGUACGCUGAAUUGGAUUGCUUGAGUUCAUGCCACCGGGUGUUCGGGGAAAUUCGUGAGCCAGAUUUGGUGUGUCAAACUGCUAUGAUCAGCGCUUGUGCGAAACACGGUGACGUUGGUUUUGCAAGGGAGUUGUUUGAUAUAAUGACUGUGAGGGACCCCAUUGCGUGGAAUGCGAUGAUUGCAGGGUAUGCACAGUGUGGAAAGUCAAGGGAGGCACUAAAUUUAUUUAAUUUUAUGCAGAUGGAGGGUGUGAGGGUCGAUGAGGUGUCUAUGGUGUCGGUCUUAUCUGCAUGUACCCACUUGGGUGCAUUGGAUCAAGGGAGGUGGGCGCAUGCAUAUAUAGAGAGAAACAAGUUAAGGGUUACAGUGACGCUGGGAACAGCGCUGAUUGACAUGUACGCAAAAUGUGGAAACAUGAAUAAGGCGAUGGAAGUUUUCUUGAGAAUGAAAGAAAAGAAUGUGUAUACUUGGACUAGUGCCAUGGGUGGGCUAGCUAUGAAUGGAUUUGGUGAAAAGUGUCUUGAGCUUUUUUCCCUCAUGAAACAAGAUGAAGUUCUACCCAAUGCAAUCACGUUUGUCUCAGUUCUUAGAGGUUGUACUGUGGUUGGACUGGUUGAAGAAGGUCGUGAGCAUUUUGAAUCAAUGAGCAGAGUAUAUGGUAUUGAGCCUCAGCUUGAGCACUAUGGGUGUAUGGUGGAUUUAUAUGGUCGGGCUGGCCAGUUAGAUGAAGCCCUAAACUUCAUCAAUAGCAUGCCUGUGAAGCCUCAUUCUGGUGCUUGGGGAGCUUUUCUUAACGCUUGUAGAAUGUAUAAGAAUACGGAACUGGGUGAACUUGCCUCAAGAAAGUUGGUGGAGCUGGAGGCCAAGAAUCAUGGUGCUUUUGUAGCCUUGUCAAAUAUGUAUGCUGAAUCCAAGAAUUGGGAAAAGGUUAGUAGUGUGCGAGAUAUUAUGAAGGCUAAAGGUGUGAGAAAGCUCCCUGGUUGUAGUGUUAUAGAGGUAGAUGGUGAAGUUCAUGAGUUCUUUGUUGGGGAUAAGUCCCACCCUAGUUAUGAUGAAAUUGAGAUGAAGUUGGCAGAGAUCUCAAAGCGGCUAAAACUAUCAGGUUAUGUGGCUAACACGCACCCUGUGUUGUUUGACAUAGAAGAGGAAGAGAAAGAGGAUGCUUUGUGUAAACAUAGUGAGAAGGUAGCCAUUGCUUUUGGCUUGAUCGCUUUGAAGGAAGGUGUACCCAUUAGGAUCGUAAAGAACCUCAGGGUUUGUUGGGAUUGUCAUGAAGUAACAAAAAUGAUCUCUAAGACUUUUAAUCGAGAGAUUAUCAUGAGAGACAGGAAUAGGUUUCACCAUUUUAAAGAUGGUGACUGUUCUUGUAAGGGUUAUUGGUGAAAUAACUCGAUGUUUGCAGCUUUCCAUUAAUUUAUUCAAGGCGAGUUUAUUUAAUCUCUGACUGUGAUAUCAUUUGUA